AGGCUGCGGGCACAACAAGCGCCUGCCUGGGCACGCUGCUGGCGCGCGCCGGCCGCGUCAUCCUGCCGCCGCGGCACCAGGAGGAUAUCGACUUUGCACAGGACGACGUAGCGAGGCUGCCGACUUCGGAGUUCCAGUGUCUCGAAGCGAAAAUGAAACAGGAGUUUCCGAAACCGCUGCCCGCUUUGCCCAAACCGCAACCCCCGCCGUCAAAACCGCAGUCUCCAGCGGCGAGUCUGUUCGGCUCAGCGCCCGCGCCCGCCGCCGCCAAGAGUCCCAUCAACCAGCUGUACGAGACCUAUCCGGGCCUGCAGUUCCACUGCACCUUCGGAGAUGGGACCCCCCUGGAGUCCACCAACCCCCCGCUGCAACUAAGCUACAGCAUGAGGUUCAAAGUGGUGUGUGUGAUUAAAGACCAGCAGUUUGAGGGAUAUGGGUCCAGCAAGAAGCUAGCAAAACUAGCCGCCGCGCGCUCCGCCCUAGCUCGCUUACAAGAAGGCGCCGCCCCCGCGCCGCCGCCGCCCAGCGCUGCGCAGCCGCACCCGCUGCCGCAGGGCCUGGCCGACCAUGUCGCCAAGUUAGUAUAG